AUGUCAACAUCUCACGACUGGAUUUAUUGUGCAGAAAAAGACACUUCGCUCGAUUAUGACUGUCAGACAAGACCUUUGAUGAAUGUUUUCUUGGUCUUAUCCAUUCUCGUUUGUCUGUGCUUACGAAAGUCAACCCGAAUUCAGAAAUGGGUUUUAGCAAAUGAGGAAAGAAUGCAGGAACAAACAGACGAAGAAGAAGGUUUAAUGCAAUCUUGGUGA